AUGCUUCAGUACACGGGAGCCGUUGGCUCAGCGCCGGCAGCUGCACUGGCACCGACAAGAACAAAUGAAGAGCUUAAUCUUUCUGUUCUCCGGCGACAUAACCCAUCUAUAAUCUCCAUUCUCUCUCUCGCACAAUACGCAGUCGUCUACCACUUCAACGCAACAACACAGCUAUGGGAGAAGAUCGGGGUGGAAGGGACGUUAUUUGUCUGCCAACUUACACCUGGCGAGAUAGGCGAGGACAGGUACAGCGUGUUCCUACUGAACCGACGAGGAAUGAACAACUUUGACGUCAGCCUUGUUACCGGAGACGAUAUUGAGAUCACAGAGGAAUACGUUAUAUUGAAAGUAGAUGAGCAAGACACUACAGCUGCACAGACACCCGAGAAAGGCGCAAUGGUGGCUUCGCCAGGCAUGAAGGCGAUGAUAUAUGGACUAUGGAUAUUUUCUGAACCAGCUCCGAGCUCGACUGCUGAUGCGAGGGCGACGAAUGCAAAGCUAAUUAAGGAAUGUGCGGUAUAUGCGGGGGAGAGCAGGAAGCUUGCUGAAGAACGACUGGCUGCGGAAAGAAGCCAGGCUGCUGCCCUGAGCGGGUUUUAUCCUGGUGAGGCAGGUAACGGCGAGGAUGCGCAAGGCGGGAUACCCAUGGGCAGACAGAUUUCACUCAAGGAACUAUUUGGACAGCAGAGAGCCCAGGACGACGAGUGGAGUGUCAAGGUGCAUAGCCCGGUUGUCGGGAAUGAAGGGCAGCCACCCGUGCCCUUCCCUCUACCUUCCCAUCAGCCAGCACCACCUUAUCCUUCGGGUGGGAAUAAUGUGUUGGGAGAACUGUUCCGCAGCGCCAGUAUGAAUUACCAGAGGCAAUAA